AUGGGGGGUACAAAGCUUAUACCUAAUUUAAAUGAUAAGGAACAUUAUAUAGUGCAUUACAGAAACUUAAAACUCUAUCUUAAAUUAGGUUUAAAGUUAAGAAAGGUGCAUAAAAUUCUCAUGUUUGAGCAGUCACCUUGGUUAAAACCAUAUAUAGAAUUUAAUACCAAUCAAAGGAAGAAUUGCAGCUCAGCUUUUGAAAGAGACUUUUUCAAGUUGAUGAACAAUGCUGUUUUUGGUAAGACUAUGGAGAACUUAAGAGCUCGUAUCGAUGUUAGACUUGUAAAUGAUGAAAAAAUAGCUAAGAAAUGCAUCGCUUCUCCUGCAUUUCAAUCAUUUUCCAUUUUUAACAAUGAUUUAGUAGCUGUAAAAAUGCAAAUCAAGACGUUAACUUUGAAUCGGCCUGUAUAUGCUAGAUUCUCCAUUUUAGAUAUUUCUAAAACACUUAUGUAUCAAUUUCACUAUGAUUUCAUGAAGAUGAAGUAUGGAAAAAAUGUCCAUCUUCUUUUUACAGAUACUGAUUCUCUGUGUUAUGAAAUCUCAUGUCAAGAUUUCUACCAUGAUAUGCUAAAAGAUUUGCAUAUGUAUGAUACGUCCGAUUACCCUACAGAGCACCCUUUACACAGCCAGGCAAAUAAAAAGGUCAUCGGAAAGAUGAAAGAUGAACUAAACGGGAAUAUUGCCAUUGAAUUUAUUGGGUUAAAGAGCAAAAUGUACUCUCUGAAAACUGAAUUAUUCGAAAAGAAGACUGCAAAAGGGGUUUUAAAACCUGUAAUUCAGCGUGACUUAAAACAUGAAGAUUACAGGAACUGUCUUUUCGGAAAAAAGCUGCAUAGGCACAAUAUGAUCAAAAUUGAAAGUCGUAAGCAUCACCUUAGCACGAUUUUAUUGCGAAAAGUGAGUUUAUCCCAUUAG